AUGGUGUGUUUGCUGCUGGAAAUUGCGCAACCAAGUGAUGGUGCUGCAACCUCCACCAAUAGAAGGGCCCAAGAAACUGAAGUACAUAUUGCAUACUUUUGUGAACUUUGUUGUUAUGUCGGGGAAGAGAUUGGCCCAAGCUACAAAAGCAACAAUAGCAAGGUUUGGAAGAUAGUGUGGAAGAAGAAAGUGGAACAUAAACUCAAAAUCUUCAUCUGGAAAUGCCUGCACAAUGCUUUACCAGUAAGAGAGCUCAUAUAUAGGAGAACUAAGCAAGGGAAUCCUAUAUGCUCAGGAUGUGGAGAGAAUGAAGAAACAACUGAACAUGUGCUACUUCAACGUAAAAAAGUUAAGGGCAUCUGGGAGAUGGCCCCAAUUCAGUGGGAUGGUUUAGAGCACCUGACAGAUUCUUUUCUAAAAUGGUGGACAGCUGUCACUGAAUCUCAGGAAAUCAGAGCAACUGAUGACCAAAUAAAUCUAACCAGUAAUGUUCUUUGGCAAAUCUGGAAAGCCAGGAACGACCGAGAAUUCAACAAAAAGGAUAGGGAGCCUCACAGAAUAAUUGAGAAGGCUCAAAUGGAAUGGAUGGAGUAUUAUGAAGCUAACAAGGGGGCUGAACCAAGAAAGAGCACUCGGGAAAUAGCAGUACAGCACAUAACUAAUCAAAAUGAUCAUGAAGAACAAUGGAAAAUGCAGCUCAAGAUACUCACCCAACAAAACAAAGAUCAGCUAGUUGUUGGGAUAGGGAUUAUGGCAACAGACAGCUCAGGACAACUGCAGGCAGCUUGGAUGAUCAGGGAGAGGAGGUCUGGUGAUUCUCUACAGGACCAGGCAGAAGCAGUGAAGUUGGCUAUGAUAAAAGCAGCCAACCAAGGGUGGAGACAUAUCCAGAUCGAGGUGGACAACAAGAAAUUAUUUGAAUACAUUCAGAGAUCAGGCCAUAAGAAUAGUCGAGUUGCUGCACUAAUUGAUGAUAUACAGUCUAUUAGUAGGUUGUUUUGA